GUGAAAAAUGUCAUGAUUAGUUUCGAUACAACAGUGGACUAGAGCAAAUGCAAUUCGCUAUAUUUACUAAAAUCAUAUUUACUUACUUUGAGUCUACAUUAGAUUUGAUACGACGCUUAUUAAUUAUUCUGAUAAUAUAUAAAAUGACUAGUAUAUGUAUAUAUGUCUUAUUUAUUUAUUCGUAAUUUGUGCUGAGAAGUUUGUGAGCUCGGAGGCCCUCUUUUGUGUGGAAAGUGCGGCUCCGAUUGGAGUGCCUCGUAGGGGGAAGAGAGAUGGCGUGUCUGUUGGAGGCCCCACUCCGCAUCAGCGUGCUGUCUGAGGUCACGGCCAGUAGUCGACAUUAUGUGGAUAGACUGUUUGAUCCUGAUCCACACAAGGUGCUUCAGGGUGUGAUAGAUAUGAAGAAUGCUGUGAUUGGCAACAACAAGCAAAAAGCGAACCUUAUUGUGCUUGGAGCUGUACCGAGGUUGUUAUACCUUCUUCAGCAGGAAUGUUCUACGUCUGAACUAAGGACUGAAUGUGCUGUGGUUCUAGGCAGCCUGGCUAUGGGCACAGAAAACAACAUUAAAUCCUUGGUUGACUGCCACAUCAUCCCAGCUUUACUUCAAGGACUUUUAUCUCAGGAUCUCAAGUUUAUUGAGGCCUGUUUACGUUGUUUACGAACAGUCUUCAUUAGUCCAAUCACUCCAGUCCAACUACUAUACACGGAUGCAGCAGUGAUUCCUCACCUCAUGUGUUUAUUAAGCAGAUCACAACGCACACAAGAAUAUAUUUGUCAGAUCUUCUCACAUUGUUGCAAGACCUCAGAGCAUCAAACAAUUCUUUAUAACCAUGGCGCCAUCCAGAACAUUGCACAUCUUUUGAACUCAUCCUCAUAUAAGGUACAAAUGCAGGCACUGAAAUUCUUUUCAGUCUUGGCCUAUGAAAAUCCUCAGGUCUCAAUAACGCUAGCAAAUGUGUUGGUGGAUGGGGAGCUGUUGUCUCAGGUCUUUGUAAGGAUGAUGCAAAGGGACAAAUCCAUUGAAAUGCAGCUCACAGCAGCCAAAUGUCUAACGUAUAUGUGCAGAGCUGGUGCAUUCAGAACUACCUUUAACUGUAUUGUAUUAAAGACACUUCCGUGCCUAGUCCGAAUGUGCAAUAAGGACCGGUUGCUAGAGGAAAGAGUUGAAGGUGCAGAAACGUUAGCCUAUCUAAUUGAACUUGAUGUAGAACUUCAGAGAACUGCCAGCAUCACUGACCAUCUUAUUGCCAUGCUUGCUGACUACUUCAAAUACCCCAGCUCAGUCAGUGCCAUCACCGAUAUCAAGCGGCUUGACCAUGACCUUAAACAUGCUCAUGAAUUGAGACAGGCUGCUUUUAAAUUGUAUGCAUCCCUGGGAGCAAAUGAUGAAGACAUCCGAAAGAAGAUAAUUGAAGCUGAGAAUAUGAUGGACAGGAUUGUGAGUGGUUUAUCGGAGUCAAGUAUCAAGGUGCGGUUGGCAGCUGUUAGGUGCCUGCAUAGUCUUUCCAGAUCAGUGCAACAACUCCGAACUAGUUUCCAAGACCAUGCUGUAUGGAAACCAUUAAUGAAGCUUUUACAGAAUGCACCAGAAGAGGUGUUGGUGAUGGCUUCAUCAACAUUAUGCAACCUGCUGCUUGAAUUCUCCCCCAGCAAAGAGCCAAUAUUGGAGUCUGGUGCAAUUGAACUGCUCUGUAACCUCACCCAGAGUGAAAGCCCAGCGCUCAGAGUGAAUGGCAUAUGGGCGCUCAUGAAUAUGGCGUUCCAGGCUGAACAAAAAACUAAAAUGGAUAUUCUGCGAGCACUAAGCACAGAGCAACUAUUUAGACUGCUGUCUGACCCUGAUGUAAAUGUAUUAAUGAAGACAUUGGGGCUCCUGAGGAAUCUGUUAUCAACACGGCCGCACAUUGACCAGAUUAUGACCUCACAUGGGAAACAGAUUGUACAAGCUGUAACCUUAAUUUUGGAGGGAGAGCAUAAUAUAGAGGUCAAAGAGCAAACACUGUGCAUUUUAGCUAAUAUUGCUGAUGGAACUACAGCCAAGGAUCUGAUCAUGAUGAAUGAUGAUAUCCUCCAGAAAGUCAAAUACUAUAUGGGUCAUUCAAAUGUGAAGUUACAAAUUGCUGCUACCUUCUGCAUUUCUAACCUGAUCUGGAAUGAGGAGGAAGGUCAGAGAGAUGCUACUUUUUCCAGUUCUCAGGAAAGACAGGAUAAGCUUCGUGAGAUGGGAAUAGUGGAUAUUCUGCACAAGUUAACACAAUCCGCAGAUGCAAAUCUCUGCGACAGAGCUAAGACAGCAAUGCAGCAGUAUCUGGCAUGACUUUUGCUCCCAAGACCCACUUGUGGCCGGGUGUGAGGAAGAUGGAAUGCUCACUUAACAAUCGCUUGAAGGUCACUGGAUGGUUACCUUCAAUUUGCACAAGUCACCUUGAACUACAGGUCUCAACCUGCAGUUGAUCUGAAUUUUUUUCUUGUUUUUGAACAGACAUCUUUUUGGAAUUUAACAAAAAAGCAAAAAAGAGAGAGAGAGACAUUAACCUAACACAGAGGAGAAUUAUUUUUUUUUGGCUAGAUUUGUACUUUUCCUCUGUGUGGACUGCAAGCAGCCACAUGUGCACUGGACUCUGCCACAGGAAGAACAAUCACUCUUUGGGAAGGGGAGAAUGGGAGAAGGAAUGUCCUAUUAAACCAGUUUGUAUGGUUAGAGGUUCAUUCUUUCUGCUGGGUGGGUUUUUUUUUUUUUUUUGGUUCUCUUAUGGACAGUUACCUCAAAAAUUUUAUUCUUUUUUUAAAAUAAAAAAAAAAAAGACUUUCUGUCCUUUAAAGAAGAAUUUGUUUCCAGUGCUGAAGGAGAGAUAGCAGUGUUGACAGAGACAUAUUCUUCAAGAUGAGUUUGUCUGAUGGAACUCUUGUAAACUGAAAAGUAUCAUUAUUUAAAUAUUUACUGAUACACAAGGGGUGAUUUUUUUUUUUAAAUACCCCCUAACUUUAAAAAAGAUUUUGAAGCUCCUUGAAUGUUUUGAGUGAAAUAUAUGCAGAUAUGAACAACA